UUUUUUUUUGUUUUUCUCUUACUUUUUCUUUUACUUUCUUUUUUUUUUUUCAGUAAUGAAAAAAAAUAUGCCAAUACAUAAAAACAUUCGUAAUCAUCCUUAUCAACUUGAAUAUGCUUUAUUCCAGCAGCAAAGCUACAAGAACGCUAGUAAUGUACAACAACUAAUACCGAUAAAAGCAACUAUCAAUAGUCAUUUCACUUGGUUAGUUUUCAUUCAUUCAAAGUGGGUUCCCUUCGCAAGCAUAAAUCAAUAUAAACUUGAACAAACGUUAGGAUUAGGUGGAACCUUUGUGGAUAUUGAAGAUGGCUUAUUUCCUAGAGUGAAAAAAGUACGUGUAUUUCCAAAAGCAAACUAUUUGAGUUAUCUGGGAAUAAAGUAUCGUUUGUCAAGAGUGAUGCAGCCUCAUGAGCUUAAUGAAUUUGAAGCUAUUAUAAAAGAAGAUGAUUUAAUAGAUGAUCCUGCUAUUAAUCGAAUACUAUUACAACCUCCACCUAAUUUUACAUGUAAUAAUAGACUAUUAUCAUAGCAGAAGCAUAUCAUUUUUUUUUGUAAUACUUCACGUGAGCUACAUAAAAACGAUCACGAAUUGUAGAAACAUGUAUUUAUAUGUACAUUCCUAUUUUAGUAAAUUGCUUUGGUUCUAGUUUGUAAAAUCGUAAAAUAAAUUGGUAGCCAGAUGACAAAGUAAUAAUGUAUUAUUUGAUUAAUAUAUAACACAAGAUAUUAAAUAAUAAAAAAAAAAUUUAAAGAUUGAAUGCAGUAUAUUGACUAUAAAAU